CGGGAAAACAUGGAAAAGUUUCCCGUGGCAACUGGCCUCACGAUUUUGCUUUCGUUGCUGGUCUCCGGGCCGGGCUUGCUGCAGCGGAGCAGGAGUAAUGGCCUGCCCGACGACUCUCUGUCGGCGUUUUUGCUGCGGCCGGCAGCAGUGCGGGAUGGACAGGAAACGGGAGGAUGAUGAAAGCCAAGAGAGAUGGAAAUGGAUCUUCCAUUGGAAGGAGCAUAACAGUUACGAUAAAGACGACUUGAAGGCUCUGUUCUUCAUGCUUCAUGAAGGACAUCUGACAGUUUAUAGGUUGGUGACCUACAUCUUUGUUUAUGAGGAUGUGAUCUCCUUGGUAUGCAGUGCUGUUAUCAUCUGGUACUUUGCUGGCAGCUUUGAGAAGAUGGUGGGGACUGUGAAGCACUCCUUCCUCACUCUGGCAUUUGCAGUUUCCUUAGCUUUACUCUACCUUGUACUCAGGACUAUGGCAUCCAGCCUGUUGAAGAUGAUGGAUGCUGAAGGAUUCACUCCUGUGGCUUUUGCCAUGCUGGCUGCAUCAAUUGCUCGCUCUCAGAUGAGGAAAACAGUGCUCCUUGGAGUGAACUUCCACAUGUCAUUUGUGCCCUGGUUGCUGCUCUGCAUGGCCUGGAUGAUCCCAAGUUCUUCUUUCGUAGCAAACCUCUGCGGCCUCUUAAUUGGGAACAUAUAUGGUUAUGGUUACUGUUUUGCUUUGGAUUUCUCCGAAUCAACAGCCUCUUGUUUAGAUCGGAAGUUUCCUUUCCGGCUAUUGAAAAGGAUUCCUGGGAUGAAAUAUGUCCCCGGAUCCCUGGCAGAAAGAAGGGCUUCCCAGAACAGAAAGUUAAAUCCAGUGCCAGGUUCUUAUCCCACUCAGAACUAUCACAGCCCCCCUCCUCCGUUGCUUGCCGUGCACAUGCAGCAUCCUAACGCACAAAUUCCAGCACCUGGAUCACCAUGCUUUCAGAUUCCCACACCACAUCACACUGCUGGUGCUAUGGGAGAGCUGUGCAUCCAGAACCAUUCCCACUCACCAGCAGGACUGCCAUCAGCUUCUCGUCUUGUUGGUGCUAAUUCAUGGGUGCCUGAAAAGGCAGGUGAUUUGGGUGCCCACCAAGCGCCAGGGCUUCUGACUGUGGGAGCUGCCUCAAAAUCAGAAGAUGAUUGUCAAGUUCAUAUAGGUUGAGUCUAGCAGGUAACUGCAAAUGUUGGACUCUGCUAUAGUAACAGUGGUUUCCCUGAGAAGGAAGUCUCUUCCAAAUGAUAAAAAGUUUUGGAGAUCCUGAGAAGGUUGAAUCUAAUUGAAGAAAGGGACCAUUCUCUGUCUUGUGGCAGCCUGGUGGGAUCAAGUGACAACAAUAUCUCGGCUGUUUAAUUCUGAAAUUUAAUUUAUGCAUUAACUUUGGGUGAUGAUAGUGUGGCCUUCACAGCUUUGGGUUGUAUCUCCAAUUUUGUAAUAGGUGGUGGAAAUUUUCCAUUUAUUGAGGUACUGGACAGUUUAGGAUUGGUUUUUCGGUGCUUCUGAUAAAACUGUUCUUUCCUUAACAUUUGACUGGCGGGAAAACUGUUUAGGAUCUUUUUUUAAAAAAAAGUAUUGGCCAUGGAUGAUAUGUGCCUGUUGAAUUGAGACACUUAUUGUCAUCUGAGCACCUUAGCUUAAACCUCUGAUUAUUUUAUAAAAUGGCUUGUUAUUGAUUUUCAAAAUCUACAUUAGAUAAAUUUGGUAUAGAUCACAUAUGAGGAAGUGUAGCCAGCUGGUUCUGGUAAGGACGAUAUUCAUGAAAGUCAUGCUCUACAUACAGAAGAUCCCAGUUUCAAUCUAUGAUGUUUCUACUUUUUAAAAAAAAAAGCUAAACAGCAUGAAGCUCUGAAAGGUUUCUUGUGAAACCAUGAGAAUUUUCUCCCAGUCACGGUCAUGGGUAUUAUUUUGUUUAACAGAUCUGGCAUCUUUCUACCAUGUUCUCUUGGCUAGCAUAACCUUGGCAAAUGUAUGAUAUUACUGGAAAGUGGGAUGAGCUGCAACUGUGGUAAUAGAAAAAUCUACUUUGAAUAAAAGAAUAAUUUUGUGA